AUGAGUGAACUUACCAACCCGGACUCUAUCACCCACAAACAGGGCCCAAUCCACCCCUCCGUGGAACCACAGGGUCCAGGGAGAGCCCAAGGCCACAAACCCGGCCAACACAAGCCCGGAACCAAACUCUCAGAGCUCGACCAACGCCAAACCUACCACAUGGAGGGCUUCCCUCCAGGCACCGCCCCAGCCAGUAAUUCCUUCACCGCCAACCCCAUCUCCGAAGGCGGCAGCCAAGCGCUCAACCCGAACGUCGAGGCCGGACCGGACAAGGAAGCCACGUACACUUCUGUAUCGGAUACGCUGCACGGCUCGACUUCGGCAGAUCUGAACAGGGGAAUCGGUAAGCCGAUGCAAGGCCAGACAAGCACGGAAAUGAGACAUGAUGGCCAGCAUGGCCGGAAGAAUCCGGGAAGAUCGGUUGACGCGUAUGGCCCCAAUGCGUUGAAACCGGAGAUGGAGAGACGGUAUCCGGAUCAGAGGGCGAUGGAGCGGGAGGCGCCGCUUGAGAGGCAUGAGGAUCUUUAUAAGACGAGGGUUCAGAAGCAUAGUCGUCUUGAUGAUGAGCCUCAAGGGGAGUAUGCGUAG